AUGGUACAAUGGCUAAUUAUUAUUCUCGUUUAUAAUUUUGCAAUUCUGAAAUUAUCGUUGGGUGAAGUGACACUUGCAUUACGUUUGCUUCAUUAUAAAAAUCGUAAUGGUUUAACUUAUGAGAAUCGUGCAUGCGAUACAAGACUUGAACAUGACAUUAACCGAGACGGUCGAUGUGAUACCGGCUUUUUAUUUUGUCUCGUACAAUUGCCGUUCCGGAAUCCACACAAUUGUACGUUAGGUGACCAUUUCACUGGUUUUGUUGGUGCUGAUGAUAUCCAUUUCAUUAAUAUUGAUCAACAAUUGACACGACCACCAUUAACAUUCUAUAAUAAAAAACAACGAUCGUCGUUGAUUUCUCUUUGGUUUCAGCCGACAAUUUAUUUUCGAUUUCCAUACCCAAAAGCUGGCAUUGGUCUCAUUGUCGAAGUUUAUGACAUUGACGAUAUCAACAAUCAAACAGUACACGAUUCCAUUGAUUUUUAUGCAAGAACAUUAGUUGAUUUAAAAGUUCAACACUCACGUGAGGUCGCACAACCGCAAAGACUAUUUCUACGCAGUCUUUUCGGGACUUACACCAAUCUAACAGCAGAUUUUACGUUGUAUUGCUCUCCACAUUAUUACAAUCAUGAUUGUGAAACAUUUUGCUUACCGAAUGAGCAACGUUACGAUUGCGAUGUGAAUACUGGACAGAAGAUCUGUAAGCAUGGUUAUAUCGGACAGGAUUGCCUUAGUGAUGUUCGUGCUUGUGAAGAUCGACCCUGUCUUAAUAAUGGUACAUGUGUCGUAUAUCUUCGUGGUUAUUUAUGUCAAUGUCCACUGGGAUAUGCAGGUACUACUUGUGAAAUUGGGCCGUCGAUGAUAAAUGUUGAUCAUACAUGUAGCCGAGCAACAUGUGUGCACGGAUAUUGUUCGCGAAAUGGCAAGUGUAUUUGUCAUGAGAAUUGGACAUCAGAGAAUUGCAAUCAACAGCUUGUUCCGAAAACGAUUGAUUGUGCUAGUCGGCCAUGCUUGCAUAAUUCUACAUGUGAAGAUUAUGGUGAUAAGAAUUCAUCAAUCUAUCGGUGUCAUUGUCGGAACGGUUUUACUGGUCGAAACUGUGAAGUUGAAAUUGUUACAUCGUGUGAAAGAACACCGUGUGUUCAUGGUCAAUGCAUAAAAAUUGAUCUUUAUGCCGAACUUUGUAUCUGCGAAAAGAAUUGGAGUGGUAUCGAUUGUUCUCAAAGUCUGCUAACAUCGACAAUGACUACUCGAACGAAUCUUUCUACUAAGAAGUCUGAUCCUGUGAAAACAACGUUAUCUAUGCAAACACCAUCAAUCAAAUCAGUAAAAGAUUUAUCACAUACACCUGUAAUCACGGACCUUAGCGACUACUCAGAGCGGUUACAUGUUAAUUAUGGAAUCCAUCGAAAUACGAAUUCGAUUCGACCAACAACAACACCUUCUUUGUUUCUCAAAAGCAAAUAUUCACCGUGUUUGAGUGCACCAUGUCUGCAUAAUUCCACAUGUGUCAUUCAAUCUGAACAUGAAUUUCGAUGCAUCUGUUCACCAGCAUUCAUUGGAAUCUAUUGUGAAAUCGAAACAAAUCCAUGUGAAAGUUCACCCUGUCAGCAUGAUAGUAUUUGUAUUGCAAAAUCCAAUCAUGAUAUUCAAUGCAUCUGUCGACGACAUUAUACGGGCAAAUAUUGUGAAAUUUCGCAAACAUUCCAACCGGUUCCAUCCAAGCCGAAGUGUGUUCGUAUCUGUCAACAUGGCGGCAUUUGUUUGUUACGAGAAAAACAGCUGCUCGUUUAUCACCGAUACUCUUUGUGUCACACUGAUCCAUGUUUAUCAAAUCCGUGUUUAUACAAUGGUACAUGUCAAUCAAUAAUCUCUUCAACAAAUUACACAUGUUCAUGUCAUGAACAAUAUACAGGUGAACGAUGUGAAUUUGUUCUCAAAUCAGAUUCAGUCGAUGCUUUACCACGUGAUAGUGCACUCAGUCAGGAUGAACCUAGUCCGACUGAUUUCUGGCCAUUAGCUAUUGUAUUUGGUUAUGUAUUUUCAUUAAUGUUAGUUUUUAUUAUCAUCUGGUUUCUAUGGUAUGGCUUAACGAUUCGUCCUCAAUCCCAUUUUCGUUCUGACAUUCCAUAUGGCGAACGUCCUGCUGAUCGUUAUCAACCAUAUCGUUUAGGCGUCAGUAAUCCGUUGUUUUUCACGAAUCAAGACUAUAAUCCUAAUCGCAUAUUGAAAACGUUUUCCAUUGAACGAGAUUUCGAUUCGUAG